UAAGAGUGGAGUUCCUGCAACGAACCAACAACCUGAUCCCCACGAUUAACCGAUCAGUGUAAUUUCUGUGCUUUUGUUCAUCGGUUUCGUCUCAUUUUUACGUUAAAAGCUCGUGAUUUUUUGCCGGAAAUUGGUGCAAAAUUUAAAAUUCGCAGCCGCAUGCCGUCUACGUGUCCUACCAUGGUAAGAUGACCACUACCGCCACCAUCAGAAAGUCCUACGGCAAUAGAAAAUCGUACCCUUUUCCGGAAGAUUACCCGAUUCGAUCAUCGCGGCAAAAGAGUGGGUCAGUGAACAAUUUGCUGAAGCAAAAAAGUGAAGAUGUUAACAAAUUGAUCAAGUACAUUGACGAUAAUAUUGUGGGCAAGAGUAACGCCUUUUUGGGCCCUUUUGGACGACGCAAAGUUGUUUUUUGCGACUAUGCCGCCUCAGGAAGGUCGCUCCAGUUCAUCGAAGAGUACAUUCUACGAGAAGUACUCCCAACAUAUGGCAACACUCAUUUUACAACAAGCAUUUCGUCUCUACAAACCACCGUCUUCAGACAAGAAACUCGAGAAAUCAUACGGACGGCUGUAAACGCCUCAGAUGAAGAUGCGGUGAUUUUUUGUGGCCAUGGAUGCAUUGAUGCUCUCAACAAGCUGAUUUGGGCCUUAGAUAUUCGGGAAACUCCGGUCAUUUUUACCGGGCCGAGUGAGCAUCGAGAGAACUUGAUUCUGUGGGAAAAAACAGGCGCCAAGAUUGUCCGAAUUGCGGAAACCAAAGACGGUUUCCUGGAUCUGACCCAACUGGAAUACCAGUUGAAAUUGCACCAAAACUGCGAUCGUCAACUGAUUGGCUCCUUCUCACUGGCCUCCAGUGUUACUGGUAUUCUUUACGAUGACGUGGCAUGCACCAUUCUGCUUCAUCAAUAUGGGGCCUUGUCUUUUUGGGACUACAAUAUCGGAGCCCCCAAUGUCUACAUCGACAUGAAUCCGAGCGUUCAAGGAGUUGCAGACAACAAUCUGGCCAACAAAGACGCCAUCUACUUCUCUGGACACAAAUUUGUCGGUGGUGUUCAAACUCCUGGCAUUUUGAUUGCAAAGAAGCAGAUUUUCCGACGGGUGAACGCCUGCGAGCCGGACGGGUUCUUCGCCUCCAACGAGAGGGAAAAGGGCUUCGAGCUUCAGGAGGAGGGAAACUGUGCGGCCGUCGUGGAAUCCAUCCGGUUUGGCUUGAUAAUGCAACUGAAGGAAACGGUGUCGGCCACCAAUAUCCAACAGCGACAGGAAAAAAUUAAUAAGCAAAUGUUGCAACACAUUCGCACCAUACCGGAAAUAAUCCUCUUGGGCAACACCAGUCCCAACUUGAAGCGUCUCUCCGUAUUCUCCUUCCUGGUCAGACACCCGCGAGGAACUUUUUUGCAUCACAACUUCGUCUGCGCUGUUCUGAACGAUGUCUUUGGCAUACAAGCCCGAGCAGGAUGCCCCUGCUCUGGGGCGUACGCCCAAGAGCUGUUAGGCAUUGACGAAAUCCUCGCCGAUCAGUACGAAAAUAUCAUUCUGGAGGACAGGCGUCUUUCCAGCUUGAACUUGGGCGUCGAUAAUUCCACUUUGGAGCUACUCCGGCCAGGUUUCACCCGCAUAAGUCUUCCGUAUUUUGUGAACGAUGCCGAACUAGCUUUUGUGAUGGAGGCUGUGAAAAUGGUGGCCACUGAAGGUUGGAAACUGCUACCCCAAUAUAUCGUGGACUUGGAAACGGCGGAAUGGAGACAUCACACAAACGCCGUGCAAAGAGACCGGAAGUGGUUGUCUUCGAUCCGCUACGUUGAGGGCAAAAUGACGAUGAUUGAGAGGCGAAUCUCUGGGCCGGGAUUGUUCCCUCAAAGCCACUCGGAAUGUUUGCAAACUGCCAGAAAUCUGUUCAAUCGGGCUAGAAAGACGGCCAUUCGGCUUCCGUAUCAUGAUCAAGGAAUCAGCUUUGAUGGAAGAGGAGAAAAGUUGAGAUGGUUUAUGUUGCAAAACGAAGCUCAAGCCCUUCUAACUAGCAACGCGCAAACGGUAAAACAGAAAGUACCUUUCGAUCCCGGUUUUUACAUGACUGCCAGAAAGACUGAAAAACAUACUGAAGAAAUUCCCCACACCUCUACAAGCAUUCCUCAAUCCCAUAAUUUACCCAACAGCGGAGGAGGAUCGCCCAGACAUUACAGCUUGCCAUCGUUAGACGACCCCAAAGUCCUCACUUGUUCCUCGCCAGUGCCAUAUUUCUUGCAAGACGUGAACGGGCUGUACUAUCCGCAGAUUUCUCAGCAAACAGUCAACUUUGCUGUCGGCGAAUCGGUUAACUCGACCAAUUUGCAUCUGCAACAGCAAAACUUCGCUAGGGAUCGGUGCUUCAGCCUUGGUCACCCCAACGUUUCGCCUCCGGUGUUGAGCCCUCAGACUCGCGUCAGCCUCGGGAUUAGCGCCUUUAGGCAACGCCAGCUGAGCUGUAGCAGUCAAACCGAUUUCCAUUCGUCUGAUUCCGACGCGAAUCUUUCCCCUACUCAUAGUCUGAAUAUGUUGUCGACCAGCUCCUUUGAUUGUUGCCAAGAAGUGGAAGCGAGGACGGUCGCAGCGACUCAAUCUCAGCCAACGAAGUGGCCGAAUAUUUGGAAAAAAUCUCCAUUGAAAUGGCCAAUGAAGUGAAAUCGGAAAUUCGGGACGUGGUGAGUGCGGUGGAUGUUUUUAUCACGCCGGAGAGCAACCAUUUGAGCUACUCGAGAUCAAACCAUUGUGGCGAACCAAGAAUCAGUCCACCGCGGCGAGAAGAAAAUGUCUGCAGCAAUACGCCGGGAAGCAGCAGCGAUACUAUAAAUAACUUGAUAACGGCCCACAAGCCAGGCGAUGGAGGAGCGUCACCCAGGAAAGAAGCGCCAGAAGGCAAAAACAGAACGUUGCCGAUUUCCACUGUUACCAGCGUUAGCUCCCAGGACAGCGGAAUAAACCUGUCGUUCCACGAACAAGAUCAGUCGAUGGCAGGCCAGUUCAAGGCUCGAAGCAACUCCGACUCACGCGGCCACCGAAAGUCCGAGUCGGAAAUCCGAUUCUCCACGCUUCAGAUGAAAAGAUCUACAAUCCAGCGGGACUUGAGUGACGAUCCCAACACUUUGGAAAAUAUGGCGGCCAGGAAAUGGAGCUGCCCAGAGAAGAACUUGUGGAGUCCAGUCAUUCAAGCCAUCACCGAGUACAAGAUGAUUAAAGAUGGCGAUAAAGUCAUGGUGUGUCUCUCAGGAGGUAAAGAUUCACUCAGUUUGCUGCACACUUUACUGCAGUAUCAAAGCCAUGCCCAAAAGGAGGGAGUUUUGUUUAGCAUUGGUGCCAUAACAGUCGACCCAGACUCUUCAGGAUGCGAUCCGUGCACUCUCAUUCCGCACCUCAAGAGCCUGGGCGUCCACUAUAUUAUUGACGACAAAAAAUGCGACCCUGGAUAUAAAACUGAAAAAUGCGAAGAGGCCAAAGACAACCUUUCGAGCUUCUGUACAGCCGCUCUUAGGCACAGGCUGUAUUCGGCAGCCAAAAGCUCCGAGUAUAAUGUCUUGGCUAUUGGACAACAUUUGGAUGAUGUUUGCGAAAACUUCCUGCUGUCCGUUUUCCAUUUGGGAAAAAUGCGGACCAUGAGGGCGCACUAUUACAUUAAGGAGCAUGAUCUUCGGGUAAUUCGGCCCUUAGUUUACGUGCGGGAAAAGGCUGUACGACAAUUUGCUAGCAAUGAAAACUUGCCAAUAUCGACUGACCCUGCAAAUCCGAAUCUUUCAAAGGAGCGGCAACGAAUGAAGCAGCUGCUCACUCAACAGGAGAUUCUCUUUCCCAAUUUAUUUCUCAGCCUUAAGAACGCCCUGCAUCCCCUUAUCGGAUUCCAAAUCAAAGAAUGUGAGCUGAAGUGUCGACGCCUAUCGAAGAGCUGCAAAGAGCAAGAUGUUACUGAUUCUCAUGAAGAAACUGAUGAAGAGCCCACCAUCUCAGAUGACUGAUUUUUUUAUUUUAUUAGGAUUUUUUACAUUCAAUUUUAACGUGUUUGAUUUGGAAUUGUCCAAAGUACAAAUUGGCGACUUAAUUGAAAUUGUUUGAUUGUUAUUAUGAUUGAGUCUGGUUUGUUGAAGAAUUUUGAAAAAACGUGUGAUAAUUACAUUUGCUGCAGGCACAGAAUCAACAACUCAGAAGAAGAAGCAACUUCUGGUCUGUUUUACACCGAAAAUUAUGCAUUUUGCAGAUUUUUCUCGUAAAGAUAUUAGUCUUUUUCCGGUAAAACCAGUAACUAAUCUAGGUUUAGAGAUAAGUUCUUUUCCCGAUAUGCUAUUCCAAGCGAAUCUAAAUAGAUCCAGUCAAUUUAGGCUUAAAUGUUUAAGUGUCGCGUUCCAAAUUGGAACAUUGUAUGCAUUAGAUUAGCUCGGGAUAGCUUUACGUCCACAAGAUGAAGGUUCAUCGUUUGCUGAGUCCCUAGCAAACCACUAAGGCCUAAGCUGUAAAAUACAGUCUCUAUCUAUAUUCCACUUUUUCUUUUAAUUUUCAAAUUGCUUCUAGAAGUUUUUUGUAACACCUUUAUCAGAGAACCCCCUAUGUAUUGAUAAACGCUAUUUAUAUACAAAACGCUUUUUUUCUCAAUUUAUCAAAGAACUGUUGUUUUGAUAGUUUCAUAUUCCUCAUAAAUCUUAAGAAUGGUUUCAACUUGUGAAACGUAGUUAGUUUGUAAGAUCUUUGUCUUGGAUAGGUGCAAGAAGUGACUUAUAUAAUAUUUUAUAAUUGUUUUAACGAAAUGUUAUUUAAGAUUGUUAUAAAAUGAGCAAAAGUGAGAAUUUAAUUUAAAUACUUAAUAAAUAAACAUAGCAGA